ACAAAUAAAAUCAGCGAAGAAGAAGACGGAGCACAAUAACAGGAAGUCGGCAGAUGCUACAAGAAGUGCCGCUAACGUGAUCUAGAAAUGUCGAUUGUUUUCGUGCCGAAGAAAUUACGGGGAACCGCGGUAAUCAACCAAGAAACGAUACAAAGGGUAAGACACAGUUAUAAAGCAUAUCUACAGAUUUCUUUAGGAAGCUGUUAGCUAAAAUUCCCGCUCAGAAAUGGAGGUAAGGCGCGAAAUUUCACUGCUAGCUUCUGUAGUUUUUGAGGUUGAACCAUCAUUCAGGCCUCUUGUUCUCUUGAUUUGAGCUCUCAUUUAUCGUCGUACUCUGUGAUAAUGCGAUUUGUUCACUCCUACUAUUAAUAUUUUCAAAGCUGCAAACAUUUGGUUAACUUUGUGUUGUCUUGUUUUUUUCCACAGCUGCUGGAUGAAAAUGAUCAGCUGAUCAGAUGCAUCGCUGAGUACAUGCAGAAAGGACGAGCUGUGGAGUGUGUGCAGUAAGUCUUGCUGCUUAUUUAGAGCACAGAUGAUGAGACAGAACUUUUUAGAGAAUGUUGAUUACAUUUUAUACAGAUCGAGUUCAGUAAGGUUCAAAACUUAAUGCUUCAUGAGGCAUUUAUUGUUCCUGUGUUGAUCAUAUUUAAUACUUAAAACAAACAUGAGACUGUGCUUAUUGAAUGUCGUUAUAAUGGCACUCUUACCCCAUACUAUGCUAUUUUUGUUUUAACUCUAUUUUGUUGCCUUAGAAUUGCCAUAUCAAAGGGACAUUCCGGCGUAAAAUUAAUUUAGGAUCAAACACACAGUAACACCGAGUUACACACCCCCUCGAGAGAUGACACAGCGGGGUGACGCAGCUCAAGGAAGAACAUUUAUGAUCAUUUCUUCAUGGAAAUGCAAUCAGACUGAGACGCUAAGGCAGAACUACCGUGUCUGCAGCUCAAAAUGAUUAAUAUGAUGAUUAUUACUUAAAGGAAAUUAUAAAAUAUUGAUAAUAAAUGUUCUUCCUUGAGCUGUGUCAACCCACGGCAGUCUGUAAUGGACUCCCCUGAGGUCUCGCUACAAACAAGCAGCUGCUGUAAGAGAGUAGGUGAGUUGUGUUUGGUCUCUUUGUUCAAGAAAUCAGGCAAAGUUAAAAGGAUGUUUGGUGGCGAGUGCUGUGGCUGGGACCCUAUAUGUACUGUUGAUGAAGUUAUGUGCUGUUCUUAGCAUUAUUUGUGGCUAUAGAGUAGGUUUUUGUUUAAGGUUUGUGUGUGGAGACAUAGACCGUUGUGUAUUGCUAUUGUGCGGUUGUUGCUUAAGUUGGUAUAACCAGAGAAGCAAGCGGUCGGCAACAUCCAUCUCUCGAGGGGGUGUCUAACUCAGUGUUACAGUGUGUUUGACUCUAAAUUAAUUUUACGCCGGAAUAUCCCUUUUAAUAUGGCACAUUUCUGUACACAGAUCAGUAUUUCGUUGUUCUACGCCCGCCUUCACUACUGUGCACUUGCACUUAACAGCUGCUGUUUGUUUUUGUGUAUAUUUCCAUUAGAUACCAACAGAUUCUGCAUCGCAACAUCGUUUAUCUUGCGACCAUUGCUGAUGCCAGCCCAGACACAGUGGCCCCUGCUCCCAGUGUAAUGACAAACCACCACAUUCAUCUGAAACCGCUGCAGUGAGAACAGUAUCCCGCUUUGUGGCUCAUUCCUAACACAUUUCUUUGUUUCUGUUUACAGUCCUCAUCCAGUGAAACUUCCACAGCCACUGUGAACGAACAUGGAGGGACAUGAGGAUGACUGCCUCUGUCAGUGGAGUUAGGAUUUACUGUCAAAUAUCUGAUGUGACUGAAAAUGAUUUUGCACAACAAAAUGUAUUUAUAAGAAGUUUCACCGUUGAAAGAAGUUUCCCAUUCAAAGUCUACCUGUGUUUUAGUUCAGUAAUGCUAUACUGGAUGUUUAGAUCAUGUGAGGAAGUUCUGUGAAUUUUGAUACCAUCUGAGUUUAAUAAAGAAAUAUUUAUUUUUGAAA